AUGUCUCCUUCACUGACUUGGACGCCUCCAAUCCUGAUGCAGAUGCCUCCUGCACUGAGUUGGACACCUCCCAUCCUGAUGCAGAUGCCUCCUGCACUGAUUUGGACGCCUCCCAUCCUGAUGCAGAUGAACCCUUCACUGACUUCGACGCCUCCCAUCCUGAUAUUGUCCUGCACUGAGUUGGACACCUCCCAUCCUGAUGCAGAUGCCUCCUGCACUGAUUUGGACGCCUCCCAUCCUGAUGCAGAUGCCUCCUUCACUGACUUGGACGCCUCCCAUCCUGAUGCAGAUGCCUCCUGCACUGACGUGGACAUCUCCCAUCCUGACGCAGAUGUCUCCUUCACUGACUUGGACGCCUCCCAUCCUGAUGCAGAUGCCUCCUGCACUGAGUUGGACACCUCCCAUCCUGAUGCAGAUGCCUCCUGCACUGAUUUGGACGCCUCCCAUCCUGAUGCAGAUGAACCCUUCGCAGACUUCGAUGCCUCCCAUCCUGAUGCAGGUGCCUCCUUAACUUACUUGGAUGCCUCCCAUCCUGAUGCAGAAGCCUCCUGCACUGACUUGGAUGCCUCCCAUACUGAUGCAGAUGCCUUCUGCACUGACUUGGACACCUCCCAUUCUGAUGCAGAUGCCUCCUGCACUGAGUUGGACGCCUCCCAUCCUGAUGCAGAUGCCUACUGCACUGAGUUGGACACCUCCCAUCCUGAUGCAGAUGAACCCAUCACUGACUUCGAUGCCUUCCAUCCUGAUGCAGAUGCCUCCUGCACUGAGUUGGACACCUCCCAUCCUGAUGCAGAUGCCUCCUGCACUGACUUGGACGCCUCCCAUCCUGAUGCAGAUGUCUCCUUCACUGACUUGGACGCCUCCCAUCCUGAUGCAGAUGCCUCCUGCACUGACGUCGACACCUCCCAUCCAGAUGCAGAUGCCUCCUGCACUGACUUGGACACCUCCCAUCCUGAUGCAGAUGAACCCUUCACUGACUUCGAUGCCUCCCAUCCUGAUGCAGGUGCCUCCUUAACUUACUUGGAUGCCUCCCAUCCUGAUGCAGAUGCCUCCUGCACUGACUUGGACGCCUCCCAUCCUGAUGCAGAUGCCUCCUGCACUGAGUUGGACGCCUCCCAUCCUGAUGCAGAUGCCUCCUGCAUGGAGUUGGACGCCUCCCAUCCUGAUGCAGAUGCCUCCUUCACUGACUUGGACGCCACCCAUCCUGAUGCAGAUGCCUCCUUAACUUACUUGGAUGCCUCCCAUCCUGAUGCAGAUGCCUCCUGCACUGACUUGGACACCUCCCAUCCUGAUGCAGAUGCCUCCUUCACUGACUUGGACGCCUCCCAUCCUGAUGCAGAUGCCUCCUGCACUGAGUUGGACACCUCCCAUCCUGAUGCAGAUGCCUCCUGCACUGAUUUGGACGCCUCCCAUACUGAUGCAGAUGCCUGCUGCACUGACUUGGACACCUCCCAUCCUGAUGCAGAUGCCUCCUGCAGUGAGUUGGACGCCUCCCAUCCUGAUGCAGAUGCCUCCUGCACUGAGUUGCACACCUCCCAUCCUGAUGCAGAUGCCUCCUGCACUGACUUGGACGCCUCCCAUCCUGAUGCAGAUGCCUCCUUCACUGACUUGGACGCCUCCCAUCCUGAUGCAGAUGCCUCCUGCACUGACGUGGACACCUCCCAUCCUGAUGCAGAUGUCUCCUUCACUGACUUGGACGCCUCCCAUCCUGAUGCAGAUGCCUCCUGCACUGAGUUGGACACCUCCCAUCCUGAUGCAGAUGCCUCCUGCACUGACUUGGACGCCUCCCAUCCUGAUGCAGAUGCCUCCUUCACUGACUUGGACGCCUCCCAUCCUGAUGCACAUGCCUCCUUCACUGACUUGGAUGCCUCCCAUCCUGAUGCAGAUGCCUCCUGCACCAGCUUGGGUGCCUCCCACCUUGACACAGAUGCCUUCUGUACUGACUUGGACACCUCCCAUACUGAUGCAGCUGUCUGCUGCACUGACUUGGACACCUCCCAUUCUGAUGCAGAUGCCUCCUGCACUGAGUUGGACGCCUCCCAUCCUGAUGCAGAUGCCUCCUGCACUGAGUUGGACACCUCCCAUCCUGAUGCAGAUGCCUCCUGCACUGACUUGGACGCCUCCCAUCCUGAUGCAGAUGCCUCCUUAACUUACUUGGAUGCCUCCCUUCCUGAUGCAGAUGCCUCCUGCACUGACUUGGACACCUCCCAUCCAGAUGCAGAUGCCUCCUUCACUGACUUGGACGCCUCCCAUCCUGAUGCAGAUGCCUCCUGCACUGAGUUGGACACCUCCCAUCCUGAUGCAGAUGCCUCCUGCACAGACUUGGACGCCUCCCAUCCUGAUGCAGAUGCCUCCUUCACUGACUUGGACGCCUCCCAUCCUGAUGCAGAUGCCUCCUGCACUGACGUGGACAUCUCCCAUCCUGAUGCAGAUGUCUCCUUCACUGACUUGGACGCCUCCCAUCCUGAUGCAGAUGCCUCCUGCACUGAGGUGGACACCUCCCAUCCUGAUGCAGAUGCCUCCUGCACUGACUUCGACGCCUCCCAUCCUGAUGCUGAUGCCUCCUUCACUGACUUGGACACCUCCCACCCUGAUGCAGAUGCCUCCUUAACUUACUUGGAUGCCUCCCAUCCUGAUGCAGAUGCAUCCUGCACUGACUUGGACACCUCCCAUCCUGAUGCAGAUGCCUCCUUCACUGACUUGGACGCCUCCCAUCCUGAUGCAGAUGCCUCCUGCACUGAGUUGGACACCAUCCAUCCUGAUGCAGAUGCCUCCUGCACUGAUUUGGACGCCUCCCAUACUGAUGCAGAUGCCUGCUACACUGACUUGGACAUCUCCCAUCCUGAUGCAGAUGCCUCGUGCACUGAGUUGGACGCCUCCCAUCCUGAUGCAGAUGCCUCCUGCACUGAGUUGGACACCUCCCAGCCUGAUGCAGAUGCCUCCUGCACUGACUUGGACGCGUCAUAUCCUGAUGCAGAUGCCUCCUUCACUGACUUGGACGCCUCCCAUCCUGAUGCAGAUGCCUCCUGCACUGACGUGGACAUCUCCCAUCCUGACGCAGAUGUCUCCUUCACUGACUUGGACGCCUCCCAUCCUGAUGCAGAUGCCUCCUGCACUGAGUUGGACACCUCCCAUCCUGAUGCAGAUGCCUCCUGCACUGAUUUGGACGCCUCCCAUCCUGAUGCAGAUGAACCCUUCACUGACUUCGAUGCCUCCCAUCCUGAUGCAGGUGCCUCCUUAACUUACUUGGAUGCCUCCCAUCCUGAUGCAGAUGCCUCCUGCACUGACUUGGACGCCUCCCAUCCUGAUGCAGAUGCGUCCUGCACUGAUUUGGAUGCCUCCCAUACUGAUGCAGAUGCCUUCUGCACUGACUUGGACACCUCCCAUUCUGAUGCAGAUGCCUCCUGCACUGAGUUGGACGCCUCCCAUCCUGAUGCAGAUGCCUACUGCACUGAGUUGGACACCUCCCAUCCUGAUGCAGAUGAACCCAUCACUGACUUCGAUGCCUUCCAUCCUGAUGCAGAUGCCUCCUGCACUGAGUUGGACACCUCCCAUCCUGAUGCAGAUGCCUCCUGCACUGACUUGGACGCCUCCCAUUAUGAUGCAGAUGUCUCCUUCACUGACUUGGACGCCUCCCAUCCUGAUGCAGAAGCCUCCUGCACUGACGUCGACACCUCCCAUCCAGAUGCAGAUGCCUCCUGCACUGACUUGGACACCUCCCAUCCUGAUGCAGAUGAACCCUUCACUGACUUCGAUGCCUCCCAUCCUGAUGCAGGUGCCUCCUUAAAUUACUUGGAUGCCUCCCAUCCUGAUGCAGAUGCCUCCUGCACUGACUUGGACGCCUCCCAUCCUAAUGCAGAUACCUCCUGCACUGAUUUGGAUGCCUCCCAUACUGAUGCAGAUGCCUGCUGCACUGACUUGGACACCUCCCAUCCUGAUGCAGAUGCCUCCUGCACUGAGUUGGACACCUCCCAUCCUGAUGCAGAUGCCUCCUUCACUGAGUUGGACGCCUCCCAUCCUGAUGCAGAUGUCUCCUUCACUGACUUGGACGCCUCCCAUCCUGAUGCAGAUGCCUCCUGCACUGAGUUGGACACCUCCCAUCCUGAUGCAGAUGCCUCCUGCACUGACUUGGACGCCUCCCAUCCUGAUGCUAAUGCCUCCUCCACUGACUUGGACACCUCCCAUCCUGAUGCAGAUGCCUCCUUAACUUACUUGGAUGCCUCCCAUCCUGAUGCAGAUGCAUCCUGCACUGACUUGGACACCUCCCAUCCUGAUGCAGAUGCCUCCUUCACUGACUUGGACGCCUCCCAUCCUGAUGCAGAUGCCUCCUGCACUGAGUUGGACACCUCCCAUCCUGAUGCAGAUGCCUCCUGCACUGAUUUGGGCGCCUCCCAUAGUGAUGCAGAUGCCUGCUACACUGACUUGGACACCACCCAUCCUGAUGCAGAUGCCUCGUGCACUGAGUUGGACGCCUCCCAUCCUGAUGCAGAUGCCUCCUGCACUGAGUUGGACACCUCCCAUCCUGAUGCAGAUGCCUCCUGCACUGACUUGGACGCCUCCCAUCCUGAUGCAGAUGCCUCCUUCACUGACUUGGACGCCUCCCAUCCUGAUGCAGAUGCCUCCUGCACUGACGUGGACAUCUCCCAUCCUGACGCAGAUGUCUCCUUCACUGACUUGGACGCCUCCCAUCCUGAUGCAGAUGCCUCCUGCACUGAGUUGGACACCUCCCAUCCUGAUGCAGAUGCCUCCUGCACUGAUUUGGACGCCUCCCAUCCUGAUGCAGAUGAACCCUUCACUGACUUCGAUGCCUCCCAUCCUGAUGCAGGUGCCUCCUUAACUUACUUGGAUGCCUCCCAUCCUGAUGCAGAUGCCUCCUGCACUGACUUGGACGCCUCCCAUCCUGAUGCAGAUGCCUCCUGCACUGAUUUGGAUGCCUCCCAUACUGAUGCAGAUGCCUUCUGCACUGACUUGGACACCUCCCAUUCUGAUGCAGAUGCCUCCUGCACUGAGUUGGACGCCUCCCAUCCUGAUGCAGAUGCCUACUGCACUGAGUUGGACACCUCCCAUCCUGAUGCAGAUGAACCCAUCACUGACUUCGAUGCCUUCCAUCCAGAUGCAGAUGCCUCCUGCACUGAGUUGGACACCUCCCAUCCUGAUGCAGAUGCCUCCUGCACUGACUUGGACGGCUCCCAUCCUGAUGCAGAUGUCUCCUUCACUGACUUGGACGCCUCCCACCCUGAUGCAGAUGCCUCCUGCACUGACGUCGACACCUCCCAUCCAGAUGCAGAUGCCUCCUGCACUGACUUGCACACCUCCCAUCCUGAUGCAGAUGAACCCUUCACUGACUUCGAUGCCUCCCAUCCUGAUGCAGGUGCCUCCUUAACUUACUUGGAUGCCUCCCAUCCUGAUGCAGAUGCCUCCUGCACUGACUUGGACGCCUCCCAUCCUGAUGCAGAUGCCUCCUGCACUGAUUUGGAUGCCUCCCAUACUGAUGCAGAUGCCUGCUGCACUGACUUGGACACCUCCCACUCUGAUGCAGAUGCCUCCUGCACUGAGUUGGACGCCUCCCAUCCUGAUGCAGAUGCCUCCUGCACUGAGUUGGACACCUCCCAUCCUGAUGCAGAUGCCUCCUUCACUGAGUUGGACGCCUCCCAUCCUGAUGCAGAUGCCUCCUUCACUGACUUGGAUGCCUCCCAUCCUGAUGCAGAUGCCUCCUGCACUGAGUUGGACACCUCCCAUCCUGAUGCAGAUGCCUCCUGCACUGAUUUGGAUGCCUCCCAUACUGAUGCAGAUGCCUGCUGCACUGACUUGGACACCUCCCAUCCUGAUGCAGAUGCCUCCUGCAGUGAGUUGGACGCCUCCCAUCCUGAUGCAGAUGCCUCCUGCACUGAGUUGGACACCUCCCAUCCUGAUGCAGAUGCCUCCUGCACUGACUUGGACGCCUCCCAUCCUGAUGCAGAUGCCUCCUUCACUGACUUGGACGCCUCCCAUCCUGAUGCAGAUGCCUCCUGCACUGACGUGGAAACCUCCCAUCCUGAUGCAGAUGCCUCCUGCACUGACUUGGACGCCUCCCAGCCUGAUGCGGAUGCCUCCUGCACUGAGUUGGACACCUCCCAUCCUGAUGCAGAUGCCUCCUGCACUGACUUGUACGCCUCCCAUCCUGAUGCAGAUGCCUCCUUCACUGACUUGGACGCCUACCAUCCUGAUGCACAUGCCUCCUUCACUGACUUGGAUGCCUCCCAUCCUGAUGCAGAUGCCUCCUGCACCAGCUUGGGUGCCUCCCACCUUGACGCAGAUGCCUUCUGUACUGACUUGGACACCUCCCAUACUGAUGCUGAUGUCUGCUGCACUGACUUGGACACCUCCCAUUCUGAUGCAGAUGCCUCCUGCACUGAGUUGGACGCCUCCCAUCCUGAUGCAGAUGCCUCCUGCACUGAGUUGGACACCUCCCAUCCUGAUGCAGAUGCCUCCUGCACUGACUUGGACGCCUCCCAUCCUGAUGCAGAUGCCUCCUUAACUUACUUGGAUGCCUCCCUUCCUGAUGCAGAUGCCUCCUGA